ACCUCGAGGGGUACGGCGGUUAAAUUUCGUUAGCAAACAUAUCCUAAAGGUUUUGCUACUUCAUGCUCAUGUAGCCACAUCAUCGAGCGAAGAUCCAUGAGGUCGUGGUCGUUGGCCACGCCGACGGCAGCAACCAAUUGAAUUUACUCAUGUGCUACUUGUUGUGUGUCGUCUGUCAUCGCAAAGCCAAAGCUUCUAGUUUGCACAAUGUUUGGCAAGCCCUUCACCGAACAACCUUCGCAAUCGAAUUACGCUCGCAUGUCAAAAAUCACCGACUGCUGCCUAAAUCCGACUUUGGGUCAGGUAAAACCAAAGUUAAAAUACGAAAAUAUCUGGAAUGAAGCAAUGGAUAUUAGAGCUUCAUAAACAAAAUAGCGUAAUUUUGAUAAAGAAAACCUCAAACAAAAAAUGGCAAGAACUAAACUAUCUGUCAUCUAAGCCUCU